CCUGCCUGCCUGCCAUGUCUCACACUGUCUAAUGGGCGCCUGGUGUGUGUUGUAAGCUUAGCUCACCGCCGCCACCCACUGGCGGGACUUUGCAUCAGACGGCAAGAGUCCGCACCACGAGAGGUCACAGAACUUUAAACUCUCCGCUUGUCGAGGGUCACAUCAUACGCUCACCUGCUGUCGUCACGGUGCUUCGGUCUCUGACAGCGCUGACAACGGUGUGGAAAUGUUGCGACAACACCUGCCGACUCUGGUGGUGGUUGUAGUCGCUCUGUCGGCAUCUGGUCUGAUCGCAGCUGUCCGAGGUCAGGACCCUUCGUCCGGCCGGUCACUAAGCCACGAGGGUUAUCGCCCCCAGUUCCCGACACCACAGCUACGGGAUCCAAAGCGACAACCUCAACAACUGCCAACACAGCAAACACAACCGACACAGCAGCAGCAGCAGCAGUCGCCAACACCACCGCCAUCUACACCUAACAACGAUGUAACAAGUGGAGACUGCGGCACACCGCUGACCUUGCUGACGCGAAUCAUUGGCGGCACGGCGGCAGCAGGCGGCGCGUAUCCAUGGCAAGCGGCAGUGCAGCGCGGCGACGGCAGCUUCUGCGGCGGAGUGAUCAUCGACGCACGUCACGUGCUUACCGCCGCCCACUGCACGGUCAGCGGCGCCACCUACACAGUGGGAGUCGGCUCCAAUGACCUGCAGGCAGCCUUGACACCUGGGGUUGGGGUGCAGGCGGUGACCGUCCACCCAAACUUUCAAAGAGCCACCCUGGAGAACGACAUCGCCAUUCUGACCUUGAGCAAGGCCCUGACCCUCAACGACCCGGCAGUGGGCGUGGCCAGAGUGUGUCUGCCUCAGGCCGGCGCUGACGUCACCAGGUUCGCCACGUGCCACGUCACUGGUUGGGGAGCCACGUCAAUCCAGCAGCUGGCGACCACCAGGUGGCUACAGACGGUGAGUGUGGACAUUCAGACUGACCAGACCUGUUCCUCGCUGUAUGCAAUGACUUUCCAGUCCAACCGCUUCUGUGCCGGCGACACCGUCAACGGAUCACGUGACAGCUGUCUGGGUGACUCGGGUGGCCCGUUGGUGUGCAGUGAGGCAGGACGCUACGUCCUCUACGGGCUGGUGUCAUCGGGUGUGUCGUGUGCAAACCCACGGUUCCCGGGUAUCUACACUGAAGUCGCCGCCUUUGUGCCGUGGAUUCUACAGAACAUCUGAAGGACAGUCGUCAUGUGAAGGGAGAUAAUGACACAUUCACAGCAAAUAAAAUUAGCUUCACAGUCAGUCCAGGGUUAACUCGUGUAAACACGGAGUCAGAAUUGUACUCAAUGUACCCGUCACUGCGUGCAGCUGUACUUUGAUGACAUCAUCAAGGAAUAUUAGUUGUAAUAGUAUGACACCAUGCAGCUGUACUUUGAUGACACCAACAUGCAAUAGUUAUUUUUAGUAGCAUGACAUCAUGGACAAUGUCAGACACGCGGUAGGCUGUUAUUUCGACAUCAGUUCCAACAACUGACAGAUUUUAAAAAUGAUUUUAAGGUGUGGCCCACGAAACGUCUCGGCUUUUAAAACUGAACCAAUCAGAACGUCACAGAGGAUGUAACGUCGCUGAUGUGCACAGUGGGUAGAGUGACGUGGCUGUAGCGCAGGGCAAGUAGUUGUCAUGGUCAGGUGAUGUGACGUACGUGACGUUCGUCUCUCAUGUGAUCGUUGGUAUGACUGGCAAGUGUUCAUCACAUUAUCACUCGGGGAAAGCAGCUGUCAUCGUCUACUCCAUGUUGUCAUCGUCUACUCCAU